UGUCAGGAACAAAAUGGCGGCGAAUCAUGCUUCAGAAGAAGAAAUGGAAAUAGACCCCGAGAAUUCCAAUGUCGACACUUCGUCUUGCAACAAUGUGGAAAAAGAUGAAUGCUGUCUGACAGAGGAAAAGAUUGACAAUAAACAGCUUGCUGAAACAAAGAAAGAUGCUGGAAAUAAAGCUUACUCUGCAAAAGAUUACAAAUUGGCCGUCAAACUUUACACGGAAGCAAUUGAGUUAGACAACUGUUGUGCACCAUAUUAUGGAAAUCGAUCUGCAGCUUAUCUCAUGAUGAAGGAUUACUAUCACGCCUUGGAUGAUGCUAAAAUUGCCUUAAAAUUGGAUGAGAAUUAUAUAAAGGCAUAUUUUCGGAUAGCACGUUGUAAUCUUGCUCAAGGCUCUACAGAAUCAGCAGAGAGAGCAUUGGCCAAGGCAAAGGAAAUUGACCCAAACAGUAAAACAUUGCAGGAUGAAUAUUUGCGUGUUCAUCAAAUACAGCAAUUUGAGGCAUCUUCUUUUGAGGCACAUGAUAAAGAAGAUUACCGCAAGGUGAUAUUUUGCACAAGACGAUUGAUAGAACUCUCACCAGAUUGUAAUUUGUACAAAAUAAUGAGAGCAGAAGCUCUUGCUUUGAUGAAGAAAUACAGUGAAGCUGAAGUUGAAGCUAAUUCUGUAUUACGAGAAAACAAUCGAAACGCAGAUGCUCUAUAUGUCAGAGGGUUGUGCUUAUAUUAUCAGGACAAUGAGGAACAAGCAUUUAAGUGUUUCACAAAUGUGUUAAAAAUUGACCCAGACCACAAAAAGGCAAAAGCUAUACGAAAAAAAGCCAAGUUGCUUCAGGCCACAAAAGACAAUGGGAACAAUGCUUACAAAAGAGGAAAUUUUGAAGAAGCAUACAGCAUAUACACCAAUGCAUUAACCAUUGAUCCCAACAAUGUUUCAACUAGUGCAAAAUUAUAUUACAACCGAGCAGUUGUUGCAUCAAAGUUAAAUAAAAUGACAGAGGCCAUCGACGAUUGUACAGAAGCGAUAAAACUUGACGGAAGCUAUUUAAAAGCAUACAUGAAGCGUGCCAAAUGUUACAUGGAAUCCGAGAAUUAUGAAGAGGCUGUACGAGAUUAUGAAAAAGUUUGUAAAAUGAAUGGUUGUCGAGAAAAUAGAAGUCUACUUCAGGAUGCCAAACUGCAACUGAAAAAGAGCAAACGAAAAGAUUAUUAUAAAAUCUUAUCGCUUCCAAAGGAUUGUUCCGAUGCUGAUAUUAAGAAGGCAUACAGACGAGAAGCUUUAAAGCAUCAUCCAGAUCGUCACUCUGGUGCAACAGACCAAGUGAAAAAACAAGAAGAAAUGCUUUUUAAAGAGGUAAACGAAGCAUACGGUGUGCUAUCGGAUCCUCAAAAAAAAGGGAGAUAUGAUCGAGGAGAGGAUAUUGACGACAAUGGAUUCACAACGUCAGAUUUCGAUCCAAAUACGAUAUUUCAAGCAGUCUUCGGUGGCGGUGGUUUCCCCUCAGGCUUUGGUGGUGGUUUCCCCUCAGGCUUUGGUGGUGGACAUCACGGUCACGAAUUUCAUUUUACGUUUGGUUGAAGUUCUACCAUUUUAUACGUUAGCAAUUUUAAGAAGCCUGUGAUUUCUAUGCUCUAUAACGACUCUUGAAAAAAAUGUGUAAAUUCUUCGCUCAUCAUGUUUCCAGUCAGUCCUAGCUUUUCUAACAUAAAUGAACUUCACCAGCAUGCUACUUAUGAUAUUACACUGUAUUCAUCUCUUAAAGCACUUGUCACUACACCAAUAUCAUAAAUUAUGUUAGAGUUCGUUGUUAGAGUUGUCACAGGUAUAAAUGCUGCGACAUUGGCUUAAAAAUGUUUGAUAUGAAGACAAUGUACAAUUUAAAUUUAUUUUGAUUUCGA